AACACGGCGGUGCACACACACCAGCACCAGGAAGUGCUCUCAGGAAGUAGUUUGCUGGCCUGUUUGAGUGACAGCUGUGCGGCGGUGACAGCCCCACACCGGGACGGCGGCCCCGCAGAGCCGAGCCAAGACACAAGAUGGCAGGUCUAUCUUUAUACUUUGAAGAUGGCCAUGAUGAUUUGGAUGACUUUGGAUUUGAUGACUAUGGUUCAGAGUGUGACGGCAUCCGCAUCACAGCUUUUCUCGAUGCAGGACAGGACAACCUCACCCCUCUCGGGAGGCUAGAGAAGUAUGCCUUCAGUGAGAAUGUUUUUAACAGGCAGAUUGUGGCUCGUGGUCUGCUUGAUGUGCUACGGGAGUUCAGUGACAAUGAAAAUGACUUUAUCAGUGUCAUGGAGACAGUUGCCAGAAUGUCAGAAGAUGGAGAGCCCACAGUGCGAGCUGAACUGAUGGAGCAGGUCCCCAACAUUGCCAUGUUUUUACACGAGAGUCGGCCCAAUUUCCCAGCCGCCUUUUCGAGAUACUUGGUACCAAUCGUAGUCCGGUAUCUCACUGAUCCAAAUAACCAGGUGCGGAAGACAAGCCAGGCGGCACUGCUCGUUCUGUUGGAGCAGGGCCUCAUCUCUAAAGCUGACAUGGAGACCAAAGUAUGUCCAGUUCUGCUGGACCUCACAGAACCCAGCAGUGACGAUGACUACAAAAUAGAGGCUGUUGCUAUCAUGUGUAAAGUCGUCACCAUGUUAAGCAAAGACACAGUGGAGCAUCUACUACUCCCACGUUUCUGUGACCUGUGCAGUGAUGCCAGACUCUUCCAAGUCCGCAAGGUCUGUGCAGCGAAUUUCGGAGAGUUUUGUUCCAUUGUGGGUCAAGAGGCCACAGAAAAACUACUGAUGGCCAAGUUUUUCGAUCUGUGCUCAGACAGUCUUUGGGGGAUCAGGAAAGCCUGUGCCGAGUGCUUCAUGAUGGUCUCCAAUUCCACCUCUCCGGAGGUGCGACGUGCAAAGCUGUCCCCCCUUUUCAUCAGUCUCAUCAGUGACCAGUCCCGCUGGGUGCGCCAGGCUGCCUUUCAGUCACUGGGACGUUUCAUCUCCACCUUUGCCAACCCCUCCAGCACAGGCCUUCACUUCAGAGAGGACGGUGCCUUACUAGAGCUCCCCAGGUGUACAUUGGAUGGCAACUGCUCCCUAAACUCCCUGAACUGCUCCGACAUCACCGGCUGCCACACGGAAAGAACCAUCGCUCACACACCUCCCAACCAGGACGGCCGCGCGACACCGUCUCCAGAGCAUGUGUCAACAGCUGACGGCGAGGACAUGCACAACUUUGAUGACAACCACGCUUCUGUUCCCGGGGGGUUGCAGGGUGGUUACACCCGCACCGUCUCAAACAGCAACGGCAGGCCUAUGACGACAAACAACACCAAGAACACAAAAGAGAAGGAACAGACAGACGAGAACUUUAAUUCUUUCAACUACUGGAGGUCUCCGUUACCAGACAUCAGCGGGGAACUGGAGAUGCUAAGUUGUCCAACAUCAGAGGAAGCGAGGAAGAGAGAAAGAGAGGAGGAGGAGGAGGAGGAGGAACCUGAAGAUAAUUGUCCUAAUUCCAUGUCCAGUCAUGGCAAAUCCACCAGUGACCAGAUCCAGAAGGUUUUGGACUGUUUGCAACCGCACAUGGAUGACCCUGAUGUGCAAGCUCAAGUCCAGGUCUUGUCGGCAGCUCUGAAGGCCGCCCAGCUCGACAGUCCAGCUGACGACAGCCCAACAGACGACAGCCCAACCGAACCCCAGUUAGAGGUGAUGCCUGAGAGCACGUCUGAGGAGAGCACGUCUGAGGAGAGCACGUCUGAGGAGGGCCCGUCUGAGGAGAGCCCAUCUGAGGAGAGCACAUCUGUGGAAGUUCAGUCAGAGAGCGAGGAGAGCCCCACAGAAGAGGAGCAAACGAUGGAGACGCUUCCCGAUUCCGAUUCGAGCCCCGUCCAGGAGCAAGGAGACGAAGAGACGCAGACUGAGCCCCAGGAGGACCAGGAAGACUCUCCUCGUAACUCACCUGUUCUAGAGUCUGAACUAAUCGAGAGAGUUGAGGAGGAGGGAAAGGAUGACUUUGCUCACAGUCCAUUGUCAGAGGAGAAGCCUAAAAUCCAGAAUGUCAUCCCCCAGCAGCUGUUGGAUCAGUAUCUCUCCAUGACGGACCCGGCCCGGGCCCAGACGGUGGAUACAGAAAUAGCCAAACACUGUGCCUUCAGCCUGCCCGGGGUCGCGCUCACUUUGGGACGACAGAACUGGCACUGCCUCAAGGACACGUAUGAAACCCUCGCUACUGACGUGCAGUGGAAGGUGCGACGCACGCUGGCUUUCUCCAUCCAUGAGCUGGCGGUUAUCCUCGGAGACCAGCUGACGGCGGCUGAUCUGGUUCCCAUCUUCAACGGUUUCCUCAAAGACCUGGACGAGGUCCGCAUCGGCGUGCUCAAACAUCUGUACGACUUCCUCAAGCUGCUGCACGCAGAAAAGAGAAGAGAAUAUCUGUACCAGCUGCAGGAGUUCAUGGUGACGGACAACAGUCGCAACUGGAGAUUCAGAUACGAGCUGGCAGAGCAGCUGAUCUUGAUCAUAGAGUUGUACAGCCACUAUGACGUGUAUGACUACCUCAGACAGAUAGCACUCACACUCUGCUCUGACAAAGUCUCAGAGGUCAGGUGGAUCUCCUACAAACUGGUUGUAGAGAUCCUCCAGAAGCUGUAUGCAUGUGGUGCUGACGAUCUGGGCCUGAACUUCAUCAACGAGCUCACCGUCAGGUUCUGCCACUGUCCCAAGUGGGUCGGGAGGCAGGCGUUUGCCUUCAUCUGCCAGGCCAUAGUGGAGGAGGACUGUAUGCCCAUGGAGCAGUUCAGUCAGCACCUCCUGCCCAGCCUCCUCAGCCUCUCAUCAGACCCAGUGGCGAACGUCCGCGUACUGGUGGCCAAGGCACUACGACAGAGUGUCAUGGAGAAAGCUUAUUUCAAGGAGCCGGGCUGUGCCUACUCUGACGAGCUGGAGGAGACCGUGAUGGCCCUGCAGUCCGACAAGGACCGGGACGUCCGCUUCUUUGCCAGCCUGGACCCAAACAAAGGCCUGAUGGACACUGCUCCUUUGAUCUAGCAUCCGCCCCCCCAACUCCUGUUACAGCCCACCUGCCUGUCUACCUACUUGUCUGUCUGUCUGACUGACGCACAGUCAGUGCAAACCUGCAAACACCAGCAACCGACCAGAUACCCCCCAUCCCUCCCGACCACACGCCUGCUGGGCAGACCUGCACCAACGACCACUUGAGAAUCAUGUCAGCUGUUCAGAUUAAAGCAUAAAGUAUGAUCAUGCUCAAGCAAACGCAGCGCAGUCUCUGGUUGGGCACUACACAGCACACGUGACAUUCACAACACAAAACAAUACGCAUACUUCUCAGAGUUUUCAGGAAAUGAGCAGGACUCUGAAGUCGGCUGCGUCACUUUGUGGGAGCUGCCGUAUUUCCGCCUGAACUUUUUCUCACCCUUCCACUCUUAACAACAUUGACUCAACCCUUCCCCAGUCACAGAUUUGUAAAACUACAACGGGCUCUUUCUCUCCAAAGCUAACUGUAAGCUUGAUACGGGAUUGCUGAAUUGAUUUUAUCAUUUUCCUUAUUGCUCCUUCUUGUGGAUUUCUUAACGAACAAGCGGGCGAGGCCCGUCUGACUCUUGACGUGUGCACUAACUCAGGGGGAACUCAUCUGAACCUAAACAGCAUUAUUAGCUUACAUGAUAAGCAGCAGCUCCUGGAUCCCUGGUGAAAAAAAGAAAAGAAAAGAAACUACAGCUGUCUGAGCAACAGACCAGCCGAACCAAGUAGCUCUGCUGGUGUGUCUCGCCUCAUUUCCUCUCAAACGCCUCGUGUCUGAGACGUCCUCCAUCUUGUGAGAUGUCCUCUGGGUUAUUGUCUACUUCCCUUCCACCCCCCCCCCCCCCCCCUUCUGCAUUUGUUCACCUGGUCUUCAUGCACACUGAAACCACUACUACUGCAUAGAAGGAACAGUGAUUCUGCCACUCAGCGUUACUCUUGAUUAAAACCAUAUCUUGGACAUUUUAUUUUUUAAAUAUCUUAAUGAACUGUUGACCCCCCCCCCCCCCCCCUCUGAAAAAUCUGUGUCUGUUUACCAAAAAUGUGACACAGCGCGUCUCUCGAACGGCAGGAGACGAAUGAAAUACCUCUGUGUGGACGUGACCGGCCAGUGUGCUGUACAUGUAGAGAGGCGUCCACGGCUCUAACAGACGCUGAAUGUCCUCGAUUGGUGAAUUCUCCCUGAGUGAUUCUGUGCCGACGACUUAAAAACAUCUUUUUAACAAGGGCUCACGACGAUGCGCCACAGGGCGACGUCAAACUCAGAGAAGAGGGAGAAAGCAAGCACACUGUUGGAUUAUGCAUGCAUGCCCACUUCCACGACCCCCCCCCCCCCCCCCCCCCCCCAUUAUUGUGUAUAGUCUAUUCCAUUUCUUUAAGGUUGACCUCCUGAUCUGAAUUAUGUGACCAUUGUAGCUUUCGGUGAAUCUCACUGACCAGUUGUACAGAAGGGUUUUAGGAACGGCGGUUGUAUUAGCAGACUGAAAGGACAACUGAUCCUUGUUUCCCCAUCUUGGCGGAAUGAUUUCAGUAUGAGUUUUCUCUCAAAAUGAUGCUACUCUUUGUACAGCUUAAACCUGUGGAGAACGGUGUGUGUUUAUGGAACCAAGGCCAGUGUAGUCUGGGUUUUUAACCCAUCGCGAUGUGUGAAUAUUGGGAGCAGUCACCAAGUCACUUUUUUUAGUUUCUUGAGCUCGUUUGUUUUCCUCAGCUGUAAAUGAUAACAACCACCCAGCCCUCCCCCCCCCCCUUAUUUUUUUAAAAAUUUUUUGAACAUAGACAUAACUUGAGAACUUAAGAUGAUUGUGGUGUGCUGUGCAUCUCAAGUCUUUCUUCCUUCGAAAGGAGAGAUCACUGCGGUAAUGGCGGUGUCUGCUCAUCUCAUCUGUCUGCAAUUUGUGUCCAUCUCAUUUUUAUGUAGUAGAACAGUUAAUAUAUACAUUUUAUGAGAAUUAUUUUUCUUUUUCAAUUAUGCACCACUGUUCAAAGAUUUUAUAUCCUAACUUUACAAAAUUUACAACCUUUGUAAUAUUCAAUGGUUUCUUUUAAAAAGACAUUUUAUGUAAUGUUAUUUUUAGUAUUCUGUAAUUAAAAUGAUGAAAAUUACAAUGUGGUGCUCAAGUUUGUUUUGGGUGAUAGCACAUUCAUUAAGUGAAGAGUAGCUUUUAAUAAAAUACAUCAGGGUUGAGGCAGAUACAUUACAUUUAAGUGCUUGUGUUAAUGAAUGACAACCUGAUUAAUGGCAUUUUUAUUUUUUAUUUCUGAAGUAAAAAAUCUUUGGGUUUUGGGCUGGUGGGUCAGACAAAAAAAUGUAUCACCAGUUCCUACAGCCUAAUGUGACGUCUUCAGUUUAUUUCGUAUGUCAAAUCCAAGAGAUUACAUGAAUACUCUGUUAAGACAAAGAUAAAUACAGAUCUUCAUAUUUCUGAA